AUGGCCUACGUGGACCACGCCUUCUCCAUCACCGACGAGGACGACCUCGUCGGCGGCGCCAUCGGCGGCCCGCGCGGCGCCCCCGUCAAGGAGAUCGCCUUCGCCGCCGCCCUCCUCGCCUUCGGGGCCCUCGGCGUCAUCGCCGGCCUCCUCAUGGCCGCCAACCAAGUCGGCGGGGACAGCGCGCACGGAAUCUUCUUCAUGAUUUUGGGCAUUGUAAUGUUCAUCCCUGGGUUCUACUACACAAGAAUCGCCUACUACGCUUACAAGGGAUACAAGGGCUUCUCUUUUUCAAACAUCCCACCAAUCUAAUAAGAUGUGUAUUACCACACAUGGUCUGGGCCCUGUUGCCCAAUGGCUCUACUGAUACAGCAAGCAGCCUUGUUAUCUUCGUUGUAUACGUUUGUUCUGCUAUGUAGAAUGAACUUACUAUUAGAUAUGUGCAUAUAAAUGCUACCGUAAUGAUGCAUAGUGGGCUGAAAUGGUUGUGACUGUGAUUGUGGAGUGUUGCUGUCAAGGAGAUGUGUAAGUGCCGACACUUUGCUGAUUGUCCAAAUGUCUGAUAUAAUGUCCCCCGUUACUAUGUGCUGUUGUGAUGCCAUGUCGUAAAUGUUCAGAGUUUUCAGCUCGAUCUAUUCAUUUGUUGUUGGGGAAGAUUUGAUA